GUAGCUUUGAUGUUAACAGUUCCCCAUUCUUCGUUUCAUGUAUUUAGUUAAGAGAGCGUACAAAACAAGUGUUUAAAGGUUUUUGGUUUCAAUCAAAUCAGCCUAAUAAUACCCCACCAAUGAGGAACCCGAAGACGAGAAUCUAACAAGCAAAGGAGACAGAUAUGUGUAACUUGUACGGGUAGGUAGCUGGUUAGGGUUUUAAAAAGUCAUCGGUUCUGUAUGUUUCCAAUGACCACUGAUGCAUUUAAGACGAGAAAAUUGCUGCUCUAAUCUAUAAGAAUCCAGAAACUCCAUAGGCGUCCACGUUUUUUUCGGUAGCAUGUUUAGCCCCAGCUUAUUCGAUAGUUCCCAUAUGUUCGACAUGGUUCAUAAGACCAACGAAAGUGAACUAAUGGGGAAUGUCAGGGAUGAUGAUUAUGAGAUCAAAUCUGGUACUGAAACCAUGGAUGCUCCAUCCGGUGAUGAUCAUGAUCCUAACCAACGCCCCAAGAAGAAGCGUUAUCAUCGUCAUACACAGCGUCAAAUCCAGGACAUGGAAGCAUUCUUUAAGGAGUGUCCUCACCCUGAUGAUAAGCAAAGGAAGGAGCUUAGCCGUGAGCUAGGGUUAGAGCCACUACAAGUCAAGUUUUGGUUCCAAAACAAGCGCACCCAAAUGAAGGCCCAGCAUGAACGCAAUGAAAAUGCUAUAUUGAAAGCUGAGAAUGAAAAGCUCCGCGCGGAGAACAAUAGGUACAAGGAAGCUCUCAGCAAUGCCACCUGCCCCAGCUGUGGAGGCCCAGCUGCCCUUGGCGAGAUGUCAUUUGAUGAGCAGCAUUUGAGAAUUGAAAAUGCUCGGUUAAAGGAAGAGAUUGAUAGGAUAUCUGGAAUAGCUGCUAAAUAUGUUGGCAAGCCUUUAUCUUCUUAUCCUCACCUUUCUUCUCACUUACAAUCACGCUCCGUAGAUCUUGGAGUUAGCAAUUUCGGGACACAAUCAGGGUUCGUAGGCGAAAUGGAUCGCAGUACUGGUGAUCUUCUAAGGUCUGUCUCUGUGCCUACAGAAGCGGAAAAACCUAUGAUUGUUGAGCUAGCAGUUGCUGCAAUGGAGGAACUGAUCCGAUUGGCUCAAUCUGGUGAACCUUUGUGGGUUCCUGGGGAUAAUUCUACAGAUGUGUUGAACGAAGAUGAAUAUUUAAGAACUUUCCCUAGGGCAACUGGACCAAAACCUUUGGGGUUGAGGCAUGAAGCUUCAAAGGAAUCUGCAGUUGUCAUUAUGAAUCAUGUCAACCUAGUUGAGAUUCUCAUGGACGUGAACCAAUGGUCAAGUGUGUUUUGCGGCAUUGUUUCAAGGGCUAUGACUUUAGAAGUCCUAUCAACUGGUGUUGCAGGAAACUAUAAUGGAGCUUUGCAAGUGAUGACGGCUGAGUUUCAAGUCCCUUCACCACUUGUUCCAAGCAGGGAAAAUUACUUCGUGAGGUACUGUAAGCAGCAUAUUGACGGAACUUGGGCAGUAGUUGAUGUUUCCUUGGAUAAUUUUCGCCCUAAUCCGGCGUUGAAAUAUAGAAGAAGACCAUCAGGUUGUUUGAUUCAAGAAUUGCCGAAUGGAUACUCUAAGGUUAUAUGGGUUGAGCAUGUAGAAGUGGAUGAUAGAGCAGUCCACAACUUAUACAGAUCAGUAGUUAACUCCGGUCUAGCUUUUGGAGCGAAACGCUGGGUGGCCACAUUGGAUCGACAGUGUGAACGUCUUGCGAGUUCAAUGGCCAGUAACAUUCCAGCAGGGGAUCUAUGCGUUAUAACAAGCAUGGAAGGGAGGAAGAGUAUGUUGAAGUUGGCAGAGAGGAUGGUGACUAGCUUUUGUACCGGUGUCGGUGCUUCUACGGCCCAUGCUUGGACAACUCUGUCGGGAACAGGUUCCGAUGAUGUUCGGGUUAUGACCCGGAAGAGUAUGGAUGAUCCAGGCAGGCCUCCUGGUAUUGUGCUUAGUGCUGCAACUUCGUUCUGGAUCCCGGUUCCACCAAAAAGGGUAUUCGAUUUCCUAAGGGAUGAGAACUCUCGAAGUGAGUGGGACAUUCUAUCAAAUGGUGGCCUAGUUCUAGAAAUGGCUCACAUAGCAAAUGGUCGUGAUCCAGGCAAUUGUGUCUCUUUACUGCGCGUAAAUAGUGCAAACUCUAGCCAAAGCAACAUGCUGAUACUUCAAGAGAGCUGCACUGAUGCAACAGGGUCCUAUGUGAUUUAUGCCCCGGUCGAUAUCCUCGCGAUGAAUGUCGUCCUAAGCGGCGGGGACCCGGAUUACGCAGCGCUAUUGCCAUCCGGUUUCGCAAUCCUUCCAGACGGUCAGGGGCAUAGCGGAGGAGGAAUUCAAGAAAUCGGCUCCGGUGGCUCUCUCCUUACCGUUGCCUUCCAGAUUUUAGUUGAUUCAGUUCCGACAGCGAAGCUUUCUCUUGGAUCGGUGGCUACCGUCAACAGUCUAAUAAAAUGCACGGUCGAAAGGAUCAGAACUGCGGUAAUGUGCAACAAUGCUUAA